ACACUUCAACUAAAGAGUUCUUGGACGAGGAAUAUUUGGUCGGUAAAGAGGACGAUGGCAUCGUUUCUGUUUGCACUUGAGGCACAUGUUAUCUGUAAAGGAACAGCAAAAAUAUCUCAUCGAUGGCUUCACAAGUUCGGUCCCAGAUACUUACAGUCUGGUCGUCUUUUCUCGACCACAACUAGAUUAGGUAAAAGUUUAAUCCUUGGUGUUUAUGAAGCUUCAGCUAAAGACAGCCCCCUUGUUCUCUCCCAAGCUGCAAAAUAUUUCGAUGAGAAAUAUUCUGGAAAAUUAUCACAACAAAUAAAACUGUUUGGGAAAUCUUUUAAGAAAGGAAAAAGCCAUUUACUGUUUGGUCUUUGUGAGGAGUUCCCCUUGUUAGCUGUUGCAAAUCUUGGUAAGGAAGACCAAGGAUUUAAUGAACUGGAAGGCCGACAUGAAGGUCACGAAAGUGUUAGAACUGCUGUGGCAAAGAGUGUUCUACAGUUACGUGAUGCAGGAGAAGACUUGGUGUCUAUUGACCCUUGUGGCGACCCCAUGGCUGCGGCAGAAGGAGCAUCUCUCUCGUUACACAGUUACGAUGAAUUAAAGCCUAAGUCCAAACGAAAACCAAAGGUGGAACUAGCGUGCUACACCGACCAUCUGGAAGCAUCUGAAAAAACUUCCUUUAUAGACCAAUGGCACAUAGGUGAAGUCUAUGCUGAUGCCCAAAACUUUGCCAGACUACUCACAGAAAUGCCGGCAAAUAUACUAACUCCUACAAAAUUUUCUGAAAUGGUUAUUGAUAAACUUUCAAGUUAUUGUCAAAUUGUAGCCCGGGACCAAGCAUGGGUUGAAGAGCAAAAAAUGGGUGCAUUUCUGUGUGUGAGCCAAGGCUCAGGUGAACCACUUAAAUUCCUGGAGCUCAGUUACAACAACAGCUCAGACAAAUCUGCUGCUCCUGUUGUGUUGGUUGGCAAAGGGAUCACCUUCGACACUGGUGGAAUUUCUUUAAAACCUGCAAAUAAUAUGGACAAGAUGAGAGGCGAUAUGGGUGGUGCAGCCUGUGUUGUUGGAGCAAUUCUAGGCGUAUGUAAACUUGGAUUGCCGAUCCAUUUGAAAGCCUUAAUUCCAUUGUGUGAAAACAUGCCAGGCGGCAAAGCUGUUAAACCAGGUGAUGUCGUUACUGCCAUGAAUGGUACGACUAUCCAAGUCGACAACACUGAUGCUGAAGGGAGGCUGAUCUUAGCCGAUGCUCUUUGCUAUGCAGAAACACUUAAUCCAAAAUUGAUCCUAGACAUGGCAACAUUAACAGGUGCUAUCACCAUUGCUCUAGGGUCAGGAGCAUCUGGCACUUAUACCAAUUCCCCUGCACUUUGGGACCUCUUGUACAAGGCUGGCAGCAAAACAGGAGACCGUUUAUGGCGUCUGCCUCUCUUCCGGCACUACACUGACCAAAUCACUCACAGCCAACUGGCGGCUCUCAACAACAUUGGUAAAUAUAUCAGAGCAGGAGGUUCUUGCGUGGCAGCUGCGUUUUUGAGGGAAUUUAUCCAAUCCAGUGACUGGAUUCAUUUGGAUAUAUCAGGUGUGAGACCGAACCAAGAUGAAGUUCCUUAUCUUGGUCGUGGAAUGUCAGGUCGACCAACAAGAACAGUGAUAGAAUUCUUGUCUCUGUAUAACCAGAAGAAUCAAAAAAUCGACUUAAACAUGGCUUCUUCUGUGCUUCGAACAGCGGCCAAUGUCGCGAAACAAAUUCGACCCUCACGUGUGUUUCUUCUCAAUGGAUCCGUUAUCAAAGGUCGUCUGUUAAACAGACGUCAGCUAUCAACCACUGCUAGACUCAACAAAGGCUUAAUCCUUGGUGUCUAUGAAGCUUCAGCCGAAGAUGGCCCCCUUGUUCUCUCAAAAGCUGCAAAACAUUUUGAUGAGAAAUGUUCCGGAAAGUUGUCAGAACAGAUCAAGCUGUUUGGAAAAUCAUAUAAGAAAGGGAAAAGCCAUUUGCUGUUUGGUCUUUGCGAAGAGUUUCCCUUGUUAGCUGUUGUGAACCUUGGUAAGGAAGGCCAAGGUUUUAACGAACUGGAAUGUCGACAUGAAGGGCAUGAGAACGUUAGAACUGCUGUGGCAAGAGGAGUGUUACAAAUGCAGCAGGCUGGUGAAGGUUCUGUGUUUGUGGACCCUUCUGAUAAUGCCAAAGCGGCAGCAGAAGGAGCAGAUCUCUCCUCUCAUUGUUAUGAUGAACUAAAACCUAAGAAAAGCCAAAAGACCAAGGUGGAAUCGGAGUGCUACGUUGACCAUCUGGAUAAUUCUGAUGGAACCAAAACCAAAGAACAAUGGAAUCAUGGGAAAAUCUAUGCGGAAGCUCAGAACUUUGCCAGAUUACUAAUGGAGAUGCCAUCAAACAUUCUGACGCCUUCAAAAUUCUCAGAAAUGGUUUCUGAAAAACUUUCUUCUCUCUGCCAAGUUAGUGUCAGGGACCAGUCAUGGGCAGAAGAGCAAAAAAUGGGUGGCUUUUUGUGUGUGAGUCAAGGCUCAGCUGAACCACUCAAAUUCCUGGAGCUCACUUACAAGAACACCUCAGACAGUUCCAUUCCUCCUGUUGCGUUGGUUGGCAAAGGAAUCACCUUCGACACGGGUGGCAUUUCAUUAAAACCUUCGAAUGAUAUGGACAAGAUGAGAGGUGACAUGGGUGGUGCAGCCUGUGUCGUUGGAACCAUGCUUGCAGUCUGUAAGCUGGAAUUACCAAUCUAUGUGAAAGCUUUUAUUCCACUCUGUGAGAACAUGCCUGGUGGUAAAGCAAUUAAACCUGGAGAUGUAGUGACUGCCAUGAAUGGCAAGACCAUACAGGUUGACAACACUGAUGCGGAAGGGAGGUUGAUCUUAGCUGAUGCCCUUUGUUAUGCGGAAACAUUUCAACCAAAGUUUAUUCUAGACAUGGCUACACUAACAGGUGCUGUUGAUGUAGCUUUGGGAUCUGCUGCUACUGGUGCUUACACAAAUUCUACCAAUCUUUGGAAUCAUUUAUUUGAGGCUGGCAGUGAAACUGGGGACCGUAUGUGGCGCUUACCAUUAUUUCAACACUACUCUGCCCAAGUAACACACUCACAACUUGCUGCCGUCAACAAUAUCGGUAAACACAGUCGAGCUGGCGGUUCUUGUACAGCGGCUGCUUUCUUGAAGGAAUUUGUCGAGUCCAGUGAUUGGAUCCAUUUGGACAUAGCUGGUGUGAUGUCAAACAAAGAUGAAGUCGCUCAUCUCGGAUCUGGAAUGUCAGGUCGGCCAACAAGAACAGUGAUUGAACUCUUAACCCGCUUCACUUCCCAACAGUAGAAAAACAGUUUAUUAACUCUCUUGUUACCAACCUGGCAGAAACG